AAACUCUAGGGGCCUUUAUCAAUCUCGGCUCGCGGCAAAACCUGUUAGUUUCACGCAAACCGGCCACAGUCAAGAACGAGUUCUAGUUUAAAAUUAAAAUUUCCACCAGCAAUUUAAUUUAUUUUCGGCCAGUAUUUUUUUAUUAGGCCGACAUGGGCGGGUUAAUAAAGUUGUCGAUUGUUUUGUUAACAGUUACCACUAUGGUCCAUUUUAGGGUGUUCGCUAGAGGGAUGUCGAAGAUAGCGCAGUCCUUCGUCCAGCAUGGCGUGGUCCCUGAUGUGGUAUCCGUUGGUCCAGCUGCCUUAGCUCAGGUCAAAUACCCCUCAGGUUUUGAGGUACAAGAAGGCAAUGAGCUGACUCCCACCCAAGUCAAAGACGUGCCAACAGUGGCAUGGCAUGCGGAUCCAAACUCUUUCUACACUCUAGCUAUGACAGAUCCCGACGCGCCUUCCCGCACGGAUCCCAAAUUCCGGGAAUGGCACCACUGGCUCGUCGGGAAUAUUCCCGGGAACAACGUCCCAGCUGGGGAGACGUUAUCCGCCUACGUAGGCUCUGGACCACCACCGAACACCGGUCUCCACCGCUACGUAUUCCUGGUGUACAAGCAGCCGGGUAAACUUAACUUUGACGAGCCCAGGCUCACUAACACGUCGGACAAGAAUCGUGGCCAGUUUUCGAUCGCGAAAUUCGCGGCGAAAUACGGCCUUGGCAACCCAGUGGCCGGCAACCUUUAUCAAGCUCAAUAUGACGACUACGUGCCUCUGCUCUAUAAGCAAUUGGGCGCCUAAACAUAAACCGCCAUUUUAAAUUCCGUAUAAUACACUACCGGCGACACUACAUUGCGUGGUUUCUCUAUAAAAAAAUAAAUUUAAUUGUAUCAGACAUUAACGUCCAUAUUUAAGAAUAUAGGCCUUAUCUUAAAAUUAGCGGCUCGUCUCGACUAAAAACAAAAAAAUAUAUACCUAAAUCUAUGAUGAAAACCGCAUGAAAAUCGGUGUAGCUGUGUUUUCGCGGACAGACAGAUGUGGCAGAGGAUUUUGUUUUAUAAUAUGUAAAGAUUAAUUUCAUAUUUUAUUUAUGAAGUCAUUAUGCCUCAUCUAUGUGAGUAAGUUAACUUACACUUCAGCCCCGCGAAACUCACGUAACGUUUUCAGUUUGAAAUUUGAUUUACAAGAUAAUGGCAUAUUAAGUCUAACUGCUAACUUUUAAAUCGUACAAUAAAGCAUACUUUAAACUGAAAUAUAUUUUGUCACUAUCGCAUUUUAUUACAAAACAUACAUUAACUUAAAUUGUGCUUAACUGAUUUAUGAAUAAGUAUUGAAUUGUUCAAACGCCCUCAAUUUUAGUGCUAUCUCAGUCUCGCAACGUCUAGACAGAUAUAGUACGAAAGAGAAAACUUGAAUGUUCGGACGUUGGUUAUUAAGUGUAAAGCGCCUCUAGCGGAUUGUUGGCUAAAACAGUUGGUAUCGCCGCUAGAGGCAGUAGUAUAGAGAAAGGUUCAUGUUUUAGGCAAAUUUACAUAUUAUGCCAGCUAAUGGGACCUCAUUCGACCAGUGGCGCUACUAGUGGGAAACGGAACCCACUCCUAAUAUAGGAAUCUACAAAACAUUUCGCAGUAGAUGGCGUAUGUUAUAUUGUGCAAUUAUAUAGAAAAUGGGCCAUCAAUAAAGUCAAUCUGCGUAAAAUUCUAAAUGCAAAAUGAAUUCCAAUAUGUUUUCGUUUUGUUUUUCAUUUAAUGAAACCUAACUUGUACAUAAGUUUGUAAGUGAAAACAAGCCUUAUAAAGGUUUGAAAAAUAACCUAUGUUUUGUAGGUAUUUUGUAUUUUAAUAAUAAAAAUGCAUUUCUGAAUAGGUAUGUGCGUCCGAAAUGAUAUCCAUUUUUCCAACUUUUUAAAGAUAAUAAUAAAAUGAAGCGCCUAUUGUGAUUGUAAUUACAUCAUAAGAUUUAAGUGAAUUAAUGUUAAAUAUAGGCAUUUAUUAUA